UUUCUGAACUUUAGUACACUGUUCUUCCAUCCUCUGCACUUUAGUGAUCUGUCGUGUAACACAGCCGCUGGGAGCAUGUGUGCAGACACGAUCCUGUGCAUGUCCCGUUUCUUCACACGUACAGUUGCUGAGGAUUGGAGAAUAAAUAGCUCAGAGGCAUUCCCGUGAAUUGUUUUCCCUCAACCGAGUAUAGGGUUAAACGGGAAGGAAACGGAAUAAGCAAGCUUACUCAACAUUCCUGUUUACAGAAUAUUAAAUCCUUCAGUCUAGACUUCGUCGGCUGGUUAGGAUGUGGGUCGCUGGGAAACCCCCUCCACGGUGGGCGUAGUCCCGCAGAAGCAGAGCCGCCGUGUGUGGAGACGAACACGCAUGCGCAGAAACAACGUCUGCCUGGCUGUCACUCCUCGCAGAUUUCGGAGCUGUCUUUAGCUUCUAUUUUUUAACCGCGCGGAACUACAACAACAAGAACGCAACACAAACUCUUAACCUUGAAGUCGUGCUUGGGGGUUCGUUGAAAGGCCGACGGUGUCAUUAUUGUCAACCCCGACGCCAAAGCGCACCAAGCAAGAAGACGAACCGCGGAACAACACGGUUAGCUUGACUGUGGAGCAACAAUGUUCUGACACCUCGAGCUAAGUACCGCCUGCCCCGGCAGGUGAGUGGAUACGUGAUGUUUCUGUUCUCGCAGUCACUCAGAGUUCGAGUUGUCUGACUUUGCUGAACCUAACGUUGAAGCUCACGUGGCCUGUGUCCCCGGGUUCUGUCCACUGGGAGCAAGAAGUUACAGUCGGGGAGCUCCUGCAGACCUCACACCAUGGAGCGGACUGCGGUCAGACAGAGCCAGCUCUGCGGCUCCUGGGAGAUGAAGGAGAGGCUUGGGAUGGGAGGCUUCGGGCACGUCUACCUGUACCAGCACCUUGAGCUGGGAGAGAAGAUUGCUGUGAAACUUUGCCGCCUGGAGCUGAACUCCAAGAACAAAGACCGCUGGAGCAGAGAGAUCCAGAUCAUGAAAAAACUGAACCACGUGAACGUUGUUCAGGCCAGAGAAGUACCAGAGGAGUUGAGCUCCAUUGCUUUAAAUGACCUCCCGCUGUUGGCCAUGGAGUACUGCUCGAGAGGAGACCUACGCAAGGUGUUGAAUAAACCGGAAAACUGUUGUGGGCUAAAGGAGAGUGAAGUCCUCUCACUGCUUAGUGACAUAGGUUCUGGUAUUCAGUAUCUCCAUGAAAACAAGAUCAUUCACAGAGACCUAAAGCCCGAGAACAUAGUUCUUCAGGAGAUUGGUGGGAAGCUUGUCCAUAAAAUCAUAGAUCUGGGUUAUGCAAAAGAUCUAGAUCAAGGCAGUCUCUGUACGUCCUUCGUCGGAACUCUCCAGUACCUGGCUCCAGAGCUGUUUGAGAGUAAACCCUACACUGUGACUGUGGACUACUGGAGCUUUGGGACGGUGAUCUUUGAAUGCACUUGUGGCUUUCGCCCCUUUUUACACCACAUGCAACCCGUACAGUGGACAAGUAAGGUCAAGAACAAAGGUCCCAAUGACAUCAUGGCAGUAGAGGACAUGAAUGGGGAAGUCAGAUUCUCGACACAUCUCCCAUAUCCCAACAAUCUCAGCAGACCGCUGCUCGAGCCAGUUGAGUCUCUACUACAGAUGUUGUUACUGUGGGACCCUGCAACACGUGGCGGGGGCCUGGAUCCUGACAGAAACAAGCCGUACUGCUACACCACUCUACAGAAUAUUCUCAACAUGAAGGUGAUUCAUGUGUUGGACAUGACCUCAGCCCAGCUGCACUCCUUGGUUUUGGGAGCGGAGGAAGGUUUACACUCCCUGCAGCUCCGCCUGGAGACACACACUCAGACACGCAUCUCCCCGCUGAGCCAAGAGCUGCUGCUGGAGACGGGAAUCUCCCUCGACCCACGCAGACCGCCCGCACACUGUCUGCCAGAUGGAUUGCGAGGCUGGGACAGCUCCAUAGUCUUCCUGUUUGAUAAGAGCCUGACCAAGUACUCUGGACCGCUGACCGCCAGACCUCUGCCAGACAGUGUCAACUUUAUCGUCAGGGAGACUAAGACACAGCUCCCACUGUCUGCACUGAGAAAGGUGUGGGGGGAAGCAGUCAGCUACAUCUGCGGGCUGAAAGAGGACUACAUCCGCCUUUACCAGGGACAGAAGGCUGCCAUGCUGAGUCUGCUGCGUUACAACACCAACCUGACACGGUACAAGAAUCUGCUGUUCUCACAGUCACAGCAGCUCAGAGCCAAACUGGCUUUUUUUAAGACCAGCAUCCAGCACGACCUGGAGCAGUACGCCAAGCAGAGGCAAACCGGCAUCUCUUCAGAGAAAAUGUUGAAGACGUGGCAGGAAAACGAAGAGAAGGCCGAUAGGUUUACAAAGGUUGCAGAUGUGGGGUAUCUGGAUGAAGAGAUAGUGGCUCUACAUUCUGAGAUCGUGGAGUUGCAGAGGAGUCCAUUUGCGCGGAGACAAGGGGAUGUAAUGGAACAGCUUGAGGAAAAGGCAAUUGAACUCUACAAGCAGCUGAAAGCUAAGUGCAAAAGUCCUGACCCUCCACAUGGCUACAGUGACAGCUCUGACAUGGUGAAAACCAUCCUCCAAACUGUUCAGAACCAGGACAGAGUGCUGAAGGACUUGUACACUCACCUCAGUACAAUUCUGGUGUGUAAGCAGCGCAUCGUGGAUUUGUUCCCUAAGUUGGAGAGGGCGGUGGAGAACAUUAAAACUGCAGAGGCUGCGGUGAUGCAGAUGCAAAUGAAGCGACAGAAAGAGUUCUGGUAUCUCCUCAAGAUUGCCUGCGCCCAGAGCAAUUCUCCAUCACAGCCAAUUAUGCAACGACCCACUGACAGUGAAGCUGUUCAUCAGUUACUGGAUGAGAACCAGCGUUAUCUGGGUCAGCUUACUUCUCUGCUGCAAGACGCCACCCAGGAGAUGGAGCACAGUGUCAUGGAUCAGGACUGGAGCUGGACUCAGUACAGAGCUGUGAAAACACAACCUCAGAAGCCGUAGAAACUGACCAAAGACUCUGUGUUUGGAGUUCAAAACAUGUGAACACUGCAAACAAGUGCCUUAUCAGAGUUACAGUCUCUGAAAGCUUGGUGAUUCCAUACUGUGUCAUUUUACAUACAUGUGAUGCUGUGAGAAAGUAAUCUGUGAAGCAGCAUGAUAAGGUAUGCUAUUCACAUUUUAACUUAAAUGUAUAUUAUUGAAUUUAAAAGAAAAACUGCGUUGAGCUGUCAACCAAAAUGUAUUUAUUGUACUGCUAAUAUAGGUUAGAGUUAAAAAAUGUUGCUGCUAACAAACUAUGCAUGACGGAAUGUGAGUAAAAAUGCAUAAAUGUAUGGCAUAUAGAAUAUGUUUUGUCUCUGUUCAAAUAGUUUAAGUUGAUUUUAUUGGAAUCUGUUUUUCAGUCUCAGACAGUGGAGCAGACGACUGUCUGCGCUCAUACAGGAAACUGUUUGUUUAUAAGACCCUGGGUUCAAAAUCUCUUGGGAGCUGCUGAAAUCCAAACGGGAGGAUGUAAGCACAGCCUAACAGGCUCUAAUUAAUAUGACAAAAAACAAGUUAGAAGAAGCUCAAAAACAUUGUGUUAGAGAGAAUGAGAGGGACUUAAAUUUGUUGUGAUUUCAGUGGUAUGCUAUUGUCAUUUACAUUAUUUAUUAAAGGAAGACAUAUCCUGUC